AUGAUGCAGCAGGACGAGUCGAGCUCUCCAGUCUCCCCGGCCGACGACAGCCUGAGCAACAGCGAAGAGGAGCCCGACCGGCAGCAGCAGCCCAGCGGGAAGCGAGGGGGGCGCAAGCGGAGAUCCAGCCGGCGCAGCGCAGGAGCGGCCGUCGGAGUCGGGGAGGAGCCGUGCAGCCCGGCCCAAGGCAAGCGAGGCAAGAAGUCCGGCGCCGGGGGAGGCGGCGGCAGCAGCAGCGGCGGAGGCAGCCCCCAGUCCUACGAGGAGCUGCAGACCCAGCGGGUCAUGGCCAACGUGCGGGAGCGCCAGCGCACCCAGUCCCUGAACGAAGCCUUCGCCGCCCUGCGGAAGAUCAUCCCCACCCUGCCCUCGGACAAGCUCAGCAAGAUCCAGACCCUCAAGCUGGCGGCCAGGUACAUCGACUUCCUCUACCAGGUCUUACAGAGCGACGAGCUGGACUCCAAGAUGGCCAGCUGCAGCUAUGUGGCCCACGAGCGGCUCAGCUACGCCUUCUCCGUGUGGAGGAUGGAGGGCGCCUGGUCCAUGUCCGCAUCCCACUAG